AUAUUUUCCAAUUAACGUUAUGUUGGCGUGUGUCUGUCGACCUUGCCUAACGUUAGUCCCGAAUCUUUGUUCUGCUUGCAUGGAAGACUCAGAUUACGAUUGGCUUUUUUUCUUCUUCAUAUUUCCAAUGUGUCAACCACUUAAAAACCAUUUAGAUGCUAACUAAACUACUUAAUUGACAUGAUCUGACACGUUUGCAUAUUUGUUGUGGAUAUUUUGGACUCAAAAUCGGGUUAACUUGCGCACAAAUAGUAACUGCAACGUGUCUCGCGAAGGUCAUCGGAUGCAUGUGGGAUAAAGGCUCAGAAGUUUCCCCUUCUCUCUCGCCAGUCAAGAUGGGAGGAGCUGUGAGCGCUGGCGAGGAUAAUGACGAGUUGAUUGACAACUUGAAGGAGGCACACUACAUCCAUUCAGACCUGGUGGAGCGGGCCUUCAGGGCCAUCGACCGGGCCGACUACUACCUGGAGGAGUACCGAGACAGCGCCUACAAGGACCUGGCCUGGAGGCACGGCAACAUCCACCUAUCAGCCCCCUGUAUCUACUCUGAGGUGAUGGAGGCCCUAGACCUGCACCCUGGCCUGUCCUUCCUCAACCUGGGCAGUGGGACGGGGUACCUCAGCACUAUGGUGGGACUCAUACUGGGUCCAUUUGGUGUGAACCAUGGGGUGGAGUUAUAUGCUGAUGUGAUUGAGUAUGCCUAUCAGAAGCUAGACUACUUCAUCAAAACCAGCGAAAGCUUUGACAAGUUUGAGUUCUGCGAACCUUCGUUUGUGGCGGGGAACUGCCUGGAGAUCCCCCCUGAGAGCAGGCAGUAUGACAGGGUGUACUGUGGGGCGGGAGUGCAGAGAGACCAUGAAGAAUACAUGAAGAACCUGCUGAAGGUGGGGGGUAUUCUGGUACUGCCUCUGGAGGAGAAGCUGACCAAGAUCAGGCGUACAGGCCAGAGCAGCUGGGAGACCAAAAAGAUCAUUGCUGUGUCCUUCGCUCCACUGGCACUGCCCCAACAUAACACCAAUGGCGAACCCAAGACAGUCCCACUACCCACGUUUGAGGUGCGGACGCUGCAAGAGCUGGCUCGUAUAGCCAUCCGCCACACCCUGAGAGUGACCACGGACAACGGGGGGGGUCAGCCACGGGGUCAGGGCUCUUUUGGAGGAGGCAGGGGCCUGGGGGUCAGUGGGCUCCACAAGUACGGCCCACGUUUUAAACGCCGAAGAGUUCACCACCGCCGCCACUGCACCUCUGUAGUACUGGCACACAAGCGUGUGGUGAGCAAUGCUGACCCCACCCCUGCUCCCCUGGACAACAACAACAAUAACCACGGGGGGCAGGAGGAUGGACAGCGAAGGGCAGCCCGGGAGGAGGAGGAGGAAGCGGAAAAGGAGACAGGGGAGCAACUCCCAGCAGAGCCACCUAUAAACAUCCUGAGAGAAAGGAUUCUCGUUUUGCCCCUCCCGGAGCCUCUGAAGAUGUACCUGCUGUACUACCGGGAGAAAUGACUUCUCCACAGAUACAACUAACAGCAGAAACCAACUACCCCUGACUGGGUCUCUGUUACUGACCCCUGACUGGGUCUCUGUUACUGAGUCUCUGUUACUGACCCCUGACUGGGUCUCUGUUACUGACCCCUGACUGGGUCU